UCAUCUUCUAAUUCUUCUUCUCCUCUCUUCUCUCCCACAGAUAAAACCCAAACCCCUCGCAGAGGCUGUAGGGUGGAAGAGGGUUUGUUGGGGUGCUGUAGCUGUCUCCGAUACCACUUUCUUCCUCCUGAAUCGCUUGUUUUUCUCUCUCUGUGAGUGCUAUUAGGUUUUGUGUUCUUCUAUGCGUCUUGUUUGCUUAGUUUUCUUUUAAUUCUUAAAAGCUUUACUAUUGAGGAAGAAGAAUCACAUUCUCUCGUUAUUUUAGUUUCCUGCAGUGAUUGCGUUAGUUGAAUCUGUGAAGUUCGACUAGUGUGUGAGUCAGUUCUAAAAAUGUCGUUUUUUGAGUGAUGGGCUUGUUGCUAUUUUCCUUCUUGUUGAGAUUUUUAUCCUCGGUUGUAGGUGAAGAUUUCACCUCAGAUCAUGUUCACAGAAGGCCUAGAUAGUAAUGCCAUUAGAUGGAUUAGAGUUGUAAGCCUAAGGUGUUCUUUUUCGCUUGGGUUGCAGAGUGGGGGGCGGUGAAGGGAAUCUUAGUUUGUUCUACUGGUUUUUGGAGUUGUUAAUAAGUGAAAGUUGAAUUUAGGGUGCUGGGGCGAAGCAGAGGGAAGUUCCAUUUACCAUUCCCAAUCAGAUGUCACAAUUCGAUCCUGCUGUCAACAACAUGAGGAAAGGAGGCCGGGGAUUUGGUCUGCCUCCCCGUCGAAGUUCAGAAGCGGACAUUUACCGUCGGUAGUGUUCAAUUUCGGUGCCUCCGUUCUAAGUUGUCAGCGACUGUGUUCUGAUUUUUGGGAGACCUUAAGGAUGGAAGAGAAGCAAGCACGGGAUUUGGGUUUGAUCUGAGGGAGAAGGUAGAGAGUCCAAUUAUGUCUAUCGGGUAAGGGUUAGCUCCUCCCAGAUGGGUGGUUUUUUUUUGGGGAAGUAGCACAACGCAAGGAGAGGAGCCAGAUCCCCUGAAACCCUCCUUUUGCCUGCAAUUUUUUUUUUUUUUAUUAUUAUUAUUUAUUUUUUUUUUUUUUUUAUGCCUUCUUCUAUGCCAUGCUUCCCAGAAGAGGCUGUUUUUAGGUUUUGAAUGACCAACAGGUUGCAAUAGUGCAACUUAACCGUUGUGCCACAUGUUCGCCCGCUAAUGUUUGAACUAUAUAUGUGAACAUUUUUUUAUAUUGUUUUUGCAAAAUAUAUAACACACAUUAUGCUGUAACAUCUUCCUUUCCUUCUCUUGCUCAUCAAGCAUUGUAAUUACAACAGUUGUUACUGAAGCGUGAUUAGAAGCUAGUAAUGGAACAUAAUCCAAUGAGGACCAAAGACAAAAAAGAAGAGGAGAUGGGACAACAUGUAAAAGAUGUCAUUAAGGAGAAGGAGAAGAAUGAGGAGGAGGCAGUACCAAGUAUGGUGAUAUAUCUCCCGCUUGAGGACUCGGCAUUGAGCUUCAAUCUUGAAAAGGCUGUGUGCAACCAUGGUUUCUUUAUGAUGACACCAAAUCAGUGGAUACCAUCUAUCAAGACCCUACAACGACCUUUGUACCUAGCUGACUCCACUACCUCAGUCGUUGUCCAAAUUUCACAUCCCAAGAAGAAUGAUCAUCUUCAUGUCCUUGUUCUAGGAACAAACUUCCUCUCCCCACAAGACCAAAAGGUGUUGUUGACACAAAUAGCUCGAAUGUUAAAGAUAUCAAAGAAAGAUGAAAGGAAGAUGCAAAAAUUUCAUGAGAUCCAUUCCAAAGCCAAGAAGAAAAGGUUUGGCCGUCUUUUUCGGUCGCCCACUCUUUUUGAAGACAUGGUGAAAACAAUCCUUCUUUGUACUGGCGGGUGGGCUAGGAGUUUAGAUAUGUCUAAAGCAUUUUGUUAACUUUCAUUGCCACCAAAAGGUACCUCAAUUAAUACAAAUCCGAAAGGUGAAGAAUCCAUCUCAAAGAUGUCUGAAGGGAGGGGACUGAAAAGAAAAAAUAUAAAUAAUGAAGUCAUUGACAUUAACAAUCAUCUACAGCAGGCUUCCCAUCCUAACUUGUUGGAAGAGAUAAAGACCAUACCGAAACUUCCCUAGCUCAAAAGAUUUAGCUAACCUUAAUGCAGAAAUUCUAAGAGAAGACUGCAAAGUUGGCUAUAGAGCUAGCUACAUUUUACGACUUGCCAAAGCAUUUGAGGAUGGUAAAAUCAAGCUGGGAGAGCACAAUGAUGAAGACGAUUAUGAUACAUUGUGCAAAGAGUUGAAACGCUUAAAGGGUUUCGGGCCAUUUGCAUCUGCCACUGUGCAGAUGUACUUAGGAUUAUAUAAAGAUAUUCCAAUUGGUUCAGACACUAUAAGGCUUUUGCGAGAG